ACUGACUAGCGCAUUACAUAAGACGACCAGACCAUGCUAGCCAGCGUCCGUCGACCCGCCGCUCGCAUUGUCACCCAGCGACACAGAUAUACACCAGCUGGUGGUGCGCCAAACGAUGGCGGGCAUGGCCAGCGGCCUCAAUCAGAACCCCGUUUCACCAUAGACGACCGUGGACGUCAAGUAUGGGUUAGCAAGAGCGCCGAUCGGCCAAAGCGGGUCAUUCAGCUCCGGUUUGCCUACGUCCCUGAAUCUAUGGUAGAUGCGCUCUCUGCCAUACGUGAGGUCGAGCGCAAUUUCGGCCGUAUCCGAGAUUACCGUCCUUUGCGAGACGCCGACCGCCCCUCAGAAUAUCAGGCAAUAUUCUGGGCAGCUUUUGAGUCCCCCGAGUCCUUCAAACUUGUCCCUCCUUCUGGAAUUACUCUUAAAGUUCCCGUCUCUGCUCGGGAGAAUCAGGAGGGUGGACCAGGUCUGACCGACAUUCUCGGUCUGCUGGAACCUCGAGAAAGAGGCAGACUUGAUCAUCCUGCCACUCCGCUUUUCAAAAAUUCCGACAAAGACAAGUCUGAUGAUACCGUUCGGACAAUUGACGUCGAAGUCCGUCGGGUCACAGAGACUGAAAUUCGCUAUCGAAAUACGGAGAGGCCUCCAAUACGAUCAAGGGCUAUGAAAGCUGCGAUAGGCCACGCCUUCUUAGAUUGGGGAGGAUUCGCUUCCUUACCACCGCUUUACGAGACCUCCCCUUUCACAAACCCAACGCAGGACCUUAAAGAACCGGGAAUGGAUAAUAUGCGGCUUGCCCUUAAUAAAUGGAGUCAAGUUCUUGACCGGCCAGAUCCAUCAUUCCCGGAAAUGCAGACGAAAAGGGAAGAAAUUGUUAGGGAGCCACCACCGAGUAGCGAAGAUUUUGUUGAUGCAGUCGCAAGAUUGACCACAGCUGCGAGUUCAGCAAAACGGGCUGGCCAGUCAUCCCCAAAGCCGGUCACCGACGUCAUCAAACCAACGUCAAUUCGGUCAAAAGAUGGUUGGGAACCUGUAAAGGACUUUAAAGUUAAACUCAAACAACCUUUACCGAAAACCCCAUCCCUCAGCAUUUCCGAGGCUCCGAAGCUACCAAAGAAAGAGCGAGUACUUGAACGGGCCCGACGCAUAGCUCGUGAACAGGCCCGUGACCGACUGGUUCAACUGAAAAGUGCAUCAGGGAAUCCCCAAGAGACUUCACCGGGCCGAGAGAAGCAAUCUGACAUUUCGAAGGAAAUGGGUGCAUCUACAACUGCCCGAGACGAAGAACUAGAUACUAAAGAGUCGAAGAAAAAGGGAUUUUGGAACUGGCUUUAAGAGUAGAUUGGAUACUCUGCCGUGUUGUCUCUACCUCUGUCUUUACUCGUAAACUUUAUACUGUCCAAUAGGUUGUUUUUCUGUCGAUUCCCUUGUCAAAUUUGAGGCUUUGAGUGAAAUGCGGGCGGGUGCUAGCCGGCCCCGCACAUUGGUCGUGCGACACGAAGGUUA